GAGUUCCCAAUUUCAUGUGGCGUUGUGGAGUAGCUGGUGUGGAGGUCAAACUGACAGAACUAAAGGUACAAAGAAAGGCUCCUGAGACGCAAACAUGGCAAAAAUAUUUGAGUCUAUCGGGAAGCUGGGUCUGGCGGUGGCAGUGGGUGCAGGGGUCAUGAACUCAGCUCUCUAUAAUGUGGAUGCUGGGCAUGGUGCCGUGAUCUUCGACAGGUUUCGGGGGGUGCAAGACUUAGUUGUGGGAGAGGGCACCCACUUCCUCAUCCCCUGGGUGCAGAAGCCCAUCAUCUUUGACUGCCGCUCUCGCCCCCGCAGUGUGCCCGUCAUCACUGGCAGCAAAGAUCUGCAGAAUGUGAACAUCACGCUCCGAAUCCUGUUCCGGCCGAUAGCGGCCCAGCUGCCACGGAUCUUCACCAGCAUCGGGGAGGACUACGAUGAGAGGGUGCUGCCCUCCAUCACCACUGAGGUCCUCAAGUCCGUGGUGGCGCGGUUUGAUGCGGGGGAGCUGAUCACCCAGAGGGAGCUGGUGUCCCGGCAGGUCAGCGAGGACUUGACCGAGCGAGCCUCCACCUUUGGCCUGAUCCUGGAUGAUGUCUCACUGACUCACCUGACGUUCGGGAAGGAGUUCACAGAGGCUGUGGAGAUGAAGCAGGUGGCGCAGCAGGAGGCUGAAAGGGCACGAUUCGUUGUGGAAAAGGCCGAGCAGCAGAAGCAGGCUGCCAUAAUCUCUGCGGAGGGUGACUCCCAGGCCGCCCUUCUCAUCGCCAAUUCCCUGGCGUCUGCGGGCGACGGGCUGGUGGAGCUGCGCAAGCUAGAGGCGGCUGAGGACAUCGCCUUCCAGCUCUCCCGCUCCCGCAAUGUCACCUACCUGCCCUCUGGUCAGGGCACACUGCUGCAGCUCCCCCAGUGAGCUGCCGCUGACUGCCUAAUUGUGACUGCCCACCCCCCCCCCGGAACACCCCUUCAGCACGCACUCCCUCCUCUGGCUCUCCAGACUGCAGACUGAUUACCAGGAGCUGAUACAGAAGAACAGUGUGCAUGCUUGUGCAUGGGCACACGUGCGUCUGUAUGUUUGUGAGCUGUUAAAGUAGAGGCUGUGUAGCGAGUGUGGGAUGGGAGCUGCUUGAAUCUACAAAGCAGUAUCUGAUAUUAGUCAGAAGAUCUCAAAGUGCAUACUAGUGGAGUGAUUCUGCUUGGAUUUGUCUACUUUAUAUAUGUAGGCAAAUAAUUGGCAGCCUAACUUGGGAUCAUGAUGUUCCCUUUAAGCAGGGGGUUGAUUACAUUAAUCUCUGGGGGUAGGAGGAGGGAUUGUCAAGGUAUUUGGUGAGUCCAAUUAGAAAUACUGAGACUUUCAUCCCUGCAAAGGCACAGUCAUGCCUGGAGGGAGUGCUUCUUUCUUUUUCUGUAGUGAGAGGCUCUUCCCGCAAGUGCUUCACUUAAGUUUUUGAAAAGCUGCCAAACAAUAUUAAAUAGAAUAAUUAUAUCUUCCCAUAGCUCUUGUGAAUGGGUGUUCAAGUGUAUCCAUCCUGGCCGUGGCCAGAAGAUGAAAAAUAAUUACCCCUUCUCAGUCAAAAAAGUGUUUCUGGUUCCUCCAAAACUGUCCCAUGUUUCAGGACUGUACUUCAGCAUGGCCUUGUGUCCUCUUAUGUGAAUUGUGUCAAUUUAUGACUGGAGCAGAGUCAGACCUAGCCUCACUUACCAGCCAUGUGUCAGGCCUGCCUCCUUUAUUCAGCCUGGCAUAUGUCUGGUGACCAAUGUCUGCUUAACUGAAAUAAGUAUGAGUGGAUCACGGGGAGGAGAGUUGCUUGUUGCUCACAUACACCUUUACGUAAUGAGAAAUACCUACUGCAUACUAAUUGAGCAGAUGAAAAAAGACUGCCAACAUUGAUUGCUUGGCCUGUGUGCAUAUAUUAUCGGAGAAGAUGGCUAGAUGUGUUGCCUGGCCUCCCGUGGUUGAUAAGAUAGACUUAAGGCAGAACUGACCCAGAGAAUUUUAAAUUAAUACAAUAAAAGUGGGCGUUGGGAAUCACCCCUAUUGUAUAUGGCUUCAUUGGCAAUGGCCUUCUUAGAAACUGAAUUAUCAUUUGCAUUGUUUGUUCUUAUCUGUCUCACUGUUAUGAGUGAGUAGGUAAUCACUUUUUGAUCAUUUUUAUUAU